AUGACUGAACAUAGUUGGUUUCAUGAUUAUUGUGCGAAAACAACUUCACAUUGUAUGCAGUAUUUUGUGAUGAAGAACAGAUCACCUGUAGAAAAGGAAGUGGCAAGAGGAGUAUUGUUUUGGAUUCUUACGUUUCUUUGUAUGAUAUCCAUUACGUUUGGAACUCUGAAAGUUUUGAUUUACAUUUGGAUCGACAGUCCAACUAUAAUAUCUAUUGAAAACACAGAAUCAGCUAUUCAAGAUAUUCCUUUUCCAUCAAUUAAUAUCUGUCCAUCAAAUCAACUACGAAAAUGGAUUUGGGAGAAACACAUGGACACGAACAGCUCCUAUUGGGAAUAUCUUCAACAAUAUCGAUCUUUAACGUGUCCCAUGGAUGUUUAUAAUUAUGAUACUACACAAAAGUUUUCAAGAGAAUACUUUGAUAAAAAUUCAAUCGUGAAGUUGAUUAACAGUUGUGCGAUUAGCUGUUCAGAAGUAUUUCAAUCGGAUGCUAAAUGGGAAAAUCUAACUGUUCCAAAUUUUUGCAGGUUUAUUCAACCAAAAAUGAGCGUAUUUGGAUUAUGUUUUUCAACUAAUAUGUUACCAUCAUUUCAAAUAUUUAAAAAUGAAUACAAUCAAAGAUACUUGAAUUUCUUUUCAAAAAACAAUUCGUUUAUCGGUACUGAGAGAUCAAAUUGGAAUUUUGAUGAUGGAUACCCAAGCAAUUCAGAAAAUGAUAACCUUGUUAAUAUAAAUCCUGCUAGAACGAGUGGUGUUAGUUAUUAUCAUCGUCUUAGAUUGAUGAUCAACACACUAGAUCACGAAUUUCUAAGUUGUUCAUCUGAAAGUUUUUUUUUUAUUACAUUAUCUAACCCAGCUGAGUACUUUUCGCUCGAUCCUCGAUCAUUUAUCGCACCGGACACAUACACUAGAAUACAAAUCACUCCGUUCGUGAAAAAAAUGAACCUGGCUUUAAAGUGGCGUUCUCCGGAAGUCAGGAAAUGCUAUUUGCACAACGAGAGAAAAUUAUCUAUUUUUCAACAGUAUACACAAAUGAAUUGUAACUACGAAUGUAUUUUCAAUGAAACUUUUACCAUUUGCGGCUGUGUUUCGAUCGAAAUGGCUUUUUUAGCGCCAACCGGUGUUAACAUUUGUGGUCUAGCGAAAAAAGACUGUAUGAUAAAUGUUAUACAAGCAACUUAUCUGCCGGAAAUGCAAAUAAUAUGUAAAUGUUUGCCAACAUGUUCUGUGGUUGAAUAUGAAAUAACGUAUGCAUCUCACUACGAUAAUUGGACUUACAUGAAAACAACAAAUAUAGUAAAGAAUAAUUCUCGAGGUGCUACGAUUGAAUUCGUUUUCAAAAAAACCCUAUUUUACAGCAUAUAUAUCAACAUCAUUUGUAGACUUAGACUCUCUAAUAAUGGUAAAUCUAGCUUCAUAGAAAAAAUAAGUCGGAUCUCAGUGAAAGUACCUUGCCCUGUGCUUUUGUGCAUGGAAAAUAAAUAA